CCGUUUCCUCUGCGUUUCCCCUCAGCAGCCGGCCGCCAUGUUGUUCUAGUUUUUUACGCUCCGCGGCGGGUGGAUCGGUGCUUGGGCGAAGGGAGCUCCCGGCGUCGGGAGAAGGCAGGAAGGUUGCGGGCUCCUCGCGCCGCGACCUGGCGAGAUCCGACGCCAUGGCGGCCGCCUUGGGAGGAGCGGGAGCAGAGGAUGACUUCGAUUGUCAUAAACCUGGUGCAGAAAGAUCUUGGAGAAGGAGAACUGGAGAUGAUGAUUGGGAUAGUGAAUUGGAUGAUGACUUACUAGGAGAAGAUUUGUUGACUGGCAAAAAGACCCAGUCUGAUAUGUCAGAUGAAGAACUGAAUGAUGAUCUCCUGCAGAGUGAUAACGAAGAUGAUCAGCAUUACAGUUCUCAAAAUGUCACUGUGAGUCUUAAUGCUGAACCUACCGUGGUGACAACCUUUGAGCUCACUGAGAAUGCUAACGACGCAUCUAUUGAACAAGACUUAGAGUAUGAACAAGGGGAAGAUGAAAUUGGUUAUGACAAACCAGAGGUUCCUGAAGAGUAUUCUGAGGAGUAUCCCGAAGAACAGUAUGAAGGCCAAGAGGCUGAGUUGCCAGAAGACCAAAUAGAAUAUGUGGAAGAUCAGGGUGAAGAAGAGAAUUAUAAUGAUGAAGUGCUGGAUCUUGAAAUCAAUGAACCUCUAGAUGAAUUCCCGGAUGAAGAUUAUGUACAAUCUUAUAGUGGAGAACAAGUAAUUGAGCAACAAGACUAUGUAGCUGAAGAAGAGUUAGAAGAGGUUGCUGAUUCCCAGUCACCUCCAAAUGAGUCAGAAGAGGUGAUUAUUGAAAAUCUGGAGUUUCAACAAGAACCCAAAGAAGAAUCAGAUGAAGAGGAGGAAGAUAAUGAAGAGUCUGGUCGGUUACGGUUCAAAACUGAACGGAAAGAAGGAACAAUUAUUAGGCUAUCGGAUAUAACAAGGGAGCGAAGAAACAUUCCAGAAACUUUGGAACUUUCUGCAGAAGCCAAAGCAGCAUUACUUGAAUUUGAAGAACGGGAAAGACAGCUAAAACAAGGGCGGUAUGGGUCCCGAAGAGGAGGAAGGCGAGGAGGGUUAUUGAUGUGUCAUGGGCUGGGAGAUCUAAGAAGAGACAUCAAUGAAAGAGGAAGAAUGAAGGAUCACCGGCCUGGUUUAUUGCCAACCCAGACAGCUGUGAUGACACAUUCAGACAGGAUAUUUCAUCAUCCCAUGCGGAAUCUUUUCCAGCAGCAGCAACAAUCACAGCAACAGCUACAGGGUCUGCUCCCUCUCCCCACUCCGCUUCGCACGCCGCCCCCUCCCCCUCCAGGAAUGCAUAUGCCAUCCCAAGUAGACAACCCAAGAUUACUGAUGACUUCUCCUUCAGUGGCAUCCCAACAGCCAAAAAACAUACAUAUAAACCCACACUUCAAAGGAGCUGUAGUAACACCUGUUCAAGUGCCCUUGCUGCCAGUCCCAACCCAGCCAAGACCUGCUUUAGGACCCCAGAGAUUUCCUGGCCCUCCAGAUUUUCAACCAAAUGCUCCUGGACCCGUUCCUAGUAAUUUCAACCAAGCCCCACGACUUUCUCUCCAAGAUCAGUGGCGAGGACCUCCACCCCCUCUUCCGCCCCCACCUCCACAGGAAAGAGAACCUUUCUUCAUGGGAGAGCCGAGAUUUCCCGGCCAUCACUUGUUUGAACAGCGGAGCCCGCCGCCACCACCGCCCCCCCUUCUUAACAGCACACACUCUGUGCCUAGCCAAAAUCAGCUCCCAUUCAGUCCAUCUGGGCCUGGUUUCAGCCAGCAAGGGCAGCAACCCCUGUUUCCAAGAGAAAGGCUGGUAAGACCCAGUCUGCAACCUCAGGGUCCAGUGGGAAUCCUUCACUUCGGCCAGCCUGGAGCAGCCAACGCACGGCCUUUUCUUCCCCCACGGCAGUCCUUCCUGCAGCUCCCAGGACAGCCUUUCCUCAACCCCCUCGCCCAGGCCGGCAUGCAGGGCCCUUUGCACCCUCCUUUGCAGCCACAGCCACCACCACAGCAUCCACAGCCGUCCCAACCAUCCCAGACUCACCACCAGCCGCACCAGUCUAACCAGCAGCAGCAGCAGCACUUGCUGCCUAUGCCUCCCCAGCCUCUGAUUCCGGUGGCCCCAUCCCAGUUCAGGCCACGCCUACAGACUUCACAGCCAAGCAGUAAUCGGAUGCCAUACCAGCAACGGCAAAGUCUGGUAAAGGCCAGGCAUAACACACCAACACAAAGCAUUGUGAAACGCCCGAACCAGCAGGCCCAAUCAUCUGCCUCAAGGAAUAGUAAUUUGCGUGAAUUACCAAUAGCACCUUUGCCUGCGAUUGAGACUGCUAACAAUAACCGACGAACUCCAGCUCCCUCUGUCCCAGUGAAAGCGGUUUCUAGUGCUACCGUUGCUAUGAGACCGCCUACAGGUGUCAAGAACCAACCGGAAAAGAUGGAGUCCAAGCCUAAAACAGUUACUCCUGCGACUCAGCCCAAAGUGGAGGUCAAAUCUGAACCAGAGUUUCCUGAUGAAGAUGAGGAAACCAGGCAGUACCGCUUGAAGAUUGAAGAGCAGAAACGCCUGAGAGAAGAGAUCUUGAAACAAAAGGAGCUCAGGCGGCAGCUUCAAGCUGGGGCCCGAAAAAGAGAACUGCUGGAAAGGCUGGCACAGCAGCAGCAACCACAAGGCUCUGCAGGCCAACAGGAGGAAGAGGACCCUCCACAGCUGCCCACCAAUGGAAACCCAUUGCUUUCUCUUCCUGGUGCUCAGCCCCGCCAAAAUGUGAAAUAUAGACUCAUGGUUAAAAAACAAGAGGUGGCCAUUCCAGGCUCCCUGACUGUUCUACCUAAGCCUGCGAACGUUCUCCAGGCUGGAGACGGCGCACAAUUUCAAGGACAGCAAAUAAAAACCAUAAAGCAACUACGGCAGGCUAGGACAGUACCUGAAAGCGAGCUCCAGCCGCCCUAUAAAGCUUUGCAAGUGAAGUCUCCUGCUGCUGCUCAGGUGAACCUGCCUCCGAUUAGUCGGGUGGCACUGGCGCAAGGCCAGCCUCAGGAGGUGAAGCCUGGGAUGAAAAGGACUGUCAUGCAGCGGGCAAACAGUGGGAGUGGCGAUGGGCCCCAUAUCGGCACCAAAGUCAGGGUGAUAAAAUUAUCAGGAGGGGGUGGUGAGAAUGUUGGCUUUUCUCAUUUGGAAGAAUCGGCUAACCGGCUUCCGCAGCUCUCGGAGCAGAGACAUCCGCCGAUGCGGAAGGUCACACUGACAAAGGGGACAGUGCAGCAACCACAUCAGCCUCAUCAGCACCUUCUGUCACAGAUCCAUUCUACGUUUCCUCAAGGACUAAAAAAUAUCCCAGGGAUACAUCAAGUGAAAAAGGGAAUUCUGCAUGGGAGAGGCAGGGGGAUCGUGAGCCAGAUGGGCCGAGGCCGCUUAAUGUCAAGUAAGCCAAAUCUGCGGGUGGUGGAAUGCAAACCUCAGCCCAGUGUGGUGUCAGUGGAAGGGCUUUCUUCAUCCACCACGGACAUUCAGCUGAAGAACCUGCUCAUGUCAGUAGGACCCAUCCAGAGUUUACAGAUGCUGCCUCAACAACGAAAGGCCAUUGCAAAAUUUAAAGAGCCCGCUGAUGCUUUAAAAUUUCAGCAGAAGUUUCACAGGCACAUGAUAGAUCUUUCCCAUAUCAACGUGGCGCUGAUAGUGGAGUGACCCACUGGGCCUAAGUUGUCUUAAAAUACAGCAGGUUACGGAGGAAGUCAGAAGGGUAGAAUCUCCCUGUAAUUUCCGGUGCCAGCUUUGCAGACUCCUUCUGAAAAUUCAAAAUUACUCUGUGACAGCUGCUGACCACAACAACAACAACAACAACAACAACAUCAGCCACCUUGCUACAAAUGGAAGGAUGACAAGAGUGAAAACUAUCUGUAUGGAACCUACAGAACUACAGAUCUCCCGUGUGAAUAGUAUACAUGGAUAUUUUAGGCUAUAUGCUAUGUGAUCACAAUGUCUUGGAUCAAAAGAACUUUGACUCUUGAAAAUAACUUUUAUAAUAUUUUUUCUUAGAAAAGAAUAUUUGAUAAUGGUUGCCCUUAUCUUCAGUGUGGGAUGUUGAAAUCAGAAUGCACCCAUAAUCUACUGUUUGUAGCUAAGCAUACAGAUGCCUAUAGUACACAAUAAACACUGAGCCAUAUAAUUUAAUGGAUUUUCUUUCUUUCUUUUUUUUUGCCCAGAGGCUUUGAAGCUCAUUCUUGAAAGAUCUUAUUCCUAGUAAAGUGAAUAUAAUUGUUGCACAUAAAGUAUACCUCUCAGUAUUCCUAAUAUUUCUUACUAACCCUAUUUUGGACAAAUUGUCUGACCAGAUGAUGUCAUUACCUAGGAAGGAUGGUCGUGUUGAGGUUCCAAAGUCUUAGAACAACCUGUCUUUCAGCCUUCUCUUCUGCUUUCUUACAGGACCUGUAUGGCCAGGAAAUAACUGGGGGUUGCUAGUAUGAGGAAGUUACAUAUUCAGGAAGAGGGGAUCCAUUUUGCUUAGGCUUUUGGGGAAGUAAGUUACUGGUGUUGAGCUUCAUAUUUUAAUUAUUUUUUCUUUCUGUUUAAUAAUUGGCAGUAAUACUUGAUAACAGUAGAGUCUUCCAAAUCAUACUCUAGUACUAUUCCCACACCACCUGGUGAAUUAUGAAGACAUUCCCUCUCGUGAGAUUUUAUUUUACACUAAAUAAACUCUUUCCUUCAAAAAAAAGAUGUGAGAAGAGAGAAUUCCUUUUACUACUCUUAGAAAUCUAUUCAAUGUUUAUACAUUUCAGGCCAAUAAACAUAGAGCAAGUAAAGAUUAUAAGUUCCUUUGAGGGUAUAGAAAAAUAGUUAAGGGAUGUUCUUUCAGGACUGCAGGUUACGCAAGUAGUGAUGUUCCUUUUCUAAUUAUUCAGAAUCAUAUUCUGUAAAAACUAGAAGGCUUUUAAAACUGUGUUCCUGCUUAAGAACAGGAGGGAAUCAGCAAUAAAGAUAUGAAAAUAUAUCAUGUCUUUUAAAGACAAAGCUGUUUUUCCCCCCUAGAGGUAAUAAUUACAGCUAUAGCAUUUUGGUAUAGUGUAGGGUGUGAAGAUAAUGUUAGGGCUUUUAAUGAUAGUUAGUGAAAACCAUCUUCAUCUUUGCGAAGUAAAGCUUGAAUUUGACUAUACCAGAGAGGCCUUUAUUAUUUACAGCUCUUAAUUUGAGUUUGUUAAAAAAAACCUGGGAUUUUAGUUGAAGGUGCAUUUUAGGCUAGCUUUUCAGUGCUUAGAAUUGUGUUAAAAACAGAACAGACCCUCAGAGUCGAGAGAGAACGUAUUAUAUCUUUGUCCAUCCCGGGAUAUGAUAUAGUCUUUCCACAAAGUUAAGAUUGCUAUUUAGGAAUUAACAUUUAAAGUUACUGGGGUUUUUUUUUUAGAAAGUCUUCACCACAUAGCUCAGGUACAACUUAAAUGCAACAAUGCCUGCCAGAGAGGGGAGUUUUAUAGUGCCCAACCUCUACAUCACAUUUGAGGUCCGAGGAAACUUUUAUUUCUUAUGUCAACAGAUCUUUGAUUAGGCUGGAUAACCUUCUAAAUAGUUUAAGGUAUUUUGAGGACAGUGUUAAUUAAUGCUUUUAAGGCUUAUAGCUUGGGGAAAUCUUCUGUGGUAUAGCAUUUAAAAUAAUGGGGUGGACUUUAGUAUGCUUUGUCUGAGGCCCAUCCCAUACACAUGAUAGGAAGGGUCUAAUGUGUGUAUAACACGCUCACCAUCUUAAUAGAAGGGAUUUUCUGAGAUAGGGAAAAGAGGAAGAAGUGAAUAUUUUUUUCUCUUUCUUCGUAAUAAGCAGAAGAAAACUUGCCCUAUCAUUGAUGGGCAUCAAAUCUCUCACUUGAAUUGUCUAUAGAUACUACAAUACCUCAACUGAUUAAUAUCAACUGACAUGAUCACAGUAACAUUGGUCCCUAAUUUUGAGAUGCCUUCCACAAAAGCUAAUCACCGUAAAAAUACGAGAGCCUGUUCUUUCCACAAUGCUUCCUAAACUAUCUCCACAUCUUUGGUAGAAGAUCUGUUGCAACCAUUAUCUUGUUCUUUCCUUAUCAUGUGUUAUUUUAAAAAUGCAAAAAUGCAAUCAUUGCAUUUAAUAUAUUGUGUAAAUACAAGACUUUAAAACAAAUUUAAAUGAAGCUGUUCACAUAUUACUAAUUUAGUUACACAAAAGCUUGUUUGGUGGGAUGGGGAGGAGGGCAGUUGUGCUGUUUUAUCAGAGUUGAAUGAAAAUGGUUCCAUGUUGCUGUUAUUAUUGCUAUUAUUAUUGGUGUAACACUUCUGUUUUUAUAAAGAUGCCAGUUAAGUCAAUACAUGUAUCUUGACCUGUGUAUUAUUUGUUCUGAAACUUCGAAAGCAUACAUUUGGUACAGAUGUUUAGCCAGUGACCACUGUAUGUGGAAACUUUUUUCUCUUAUAGAGAUAAUUUUCAUUUAAUUUGGCAACAUUUUCCAAGUUAGUUUAGUUUUUCUACUCAUAUCAAUGAUAAGUGCAGUCAAGUUAAGUGUGAUGCUGAAUAUUUAAUAAUUUUGUAGUUCAAAGCUAAAUGGCCACUAUCAUAUUCAUUAAUUCAUGCACUUUUAACAUUCAUUUUGGACAAGGUUGGAUAAUUUCAAAAGAAAUUAAAGAUAAUCCUGUAAUGAUGUUUUUGUCCAGGCUAAAAAUGAGGGUGAUUUUCUCUUGGUUUAGUGCUCAUGGGAAGAUUACAGAAUAUCAUCUCUAUAUAACUAUUUGUGUUUUACACUUCUUCAGAUUUUUAAAAGUUGUUCUGAAAUGUUGGUCAUAAGGGAGGGAUGUUCAGCAGAAGUCAAAUUUAUAAUUAUUAAAAAUACAUUUACAGGGCUAACACCCUAAAACAUGCAGGGAGAGCCAGACUGUAUAGAGAUGAAUGCAUCAACUAUUUGUAGAUUGUAUCAAACUAGGUUGUUUGAACAAUUGAACCACUGUUGACCAAGUAUUGUCCUUGAGAUAGCAGCAUCUAAGUGCUGGUACAAAUUAUGUGGCAAGAAUAUAGUCCAUUGUUGAAGAGACCUAGUAUGAGUUACAUAACAACAAAACCUUCUACAACAAUUUAUUUAUUUAUUUGUUUGUUUAUUUAUUUAUUUAUUUCAUGCUUCAUAUUUCUAGAUCACCCAUCUCCCUUAAAGAGUGAGGUUAAAGUGAGCUGAUCAGCUUUGUAGGAAAAUGCCAGCAUAACAUGACAUUUCUCCUUCAUUCUUCUCUGGUUUCUUGUUUUUCCCCAAGUGGCCCAAAUGGUGAAACUAAGGGAUUGCUGUAUUUCUUGUCAGCAACUGACUUUAAAUGGUAUAAAUGAAUAUUUCAUCACCAAGAGGGCUCAAAGAACCAAAACAUAGCAAUCACAGAAGAAUUGAAAACAUAAUGUUACCUUGGACACUUUUCAGAAUAAUAAGUGAUGCUGGAAACUUUUCAUAGUUGAUCCAAAGGAAUUUUGGCAGCUAUUAAACCCUUUAGAAACAUUUACUUGAACCAGGAAGUCAAGUUAAUUACACUAUCUCAGAGAUACACUUUAGAUGUUAGUUUACUUAUUCUAUUUAUCUGAUAUACCCAGUUUCAGUUUUCAUGAUUUUAUUCAUGAAAUAUAUUUUAUUUGCUGGCACUUUUUAGAUCUUUUUAUGGGCACUCCUUAGUACUAGGAAAACAAAUAAGGCAGGCUUCCUAUCCACAACUUUCUAGUGUAGGUUCUUAAUAUCUUUUCAUUAACUACUGGUAGGUUGGCAGUAUAACAUACAUAUGAAUGGGCUUCUUCCUUUCUCUCCCCAUUUCCACCCCCUUUGAAUGCCUUUCUCACUGUCUUCUGAGCUUUAUUUUGCAGCAGCCAUAUUGGACAAAAAGAAGGGUUGGAGAAUUCUUUUAAUGGCAUCCAAAGUAGCGCAGUUGGCUUUUAAAGCCAUAACAUAUUUCCGAAUAGCAUGGUUGAGGUGUAUCUGAAUUAAGGUCACC